CUUCCCGCGUGUCUGUGUGUAAUGUACACCUACCUAGGUAGGUAUGGCGUACCUGCUUAAUCUGUGCCUCCAGUCCGCUGCUGGCAUGGAGUGUUCCUGGCUCCUUCCUUUCUUUGUCAUUGCAGUCACUGCAACCGUGACCUCCACUCGACUCUUCCUUCGUCUCCCUCUUUCCCACACCUUCUCAGAAAAGUCCCCCUCGCUCGAGCUUCGCCAAUCUGCCAACACCACCACUACACACCUUGGCUCCAGACCCUCGCGGCCAAUCCACCCAGUUAUUUCGCAGGAUGCCAUGCUCAUAUUUGGCCUGUGUUGCAUGUACUCGACGUCCCUCUAUCCCCGUGAUCCGAUCAUCGCCAAAUCAAUAAAGCCAAAUUGGUUCAAGAAGACGGCGCUUGUGAUUGCACGCACCCGGUUUUCACCUUCAGAUACGAGACACCAGGUACAACUAUCGUGUUUGCCCAUGAUGCGGCCUAUCAGCUCCACAUAGGGUUGUCUAGUGUACUUCCAGGUUCUCUGGUAUUGUAUGUACAAUGUGUUCGUCUAUAUCGCCGGGUCCAUGGAUGUGAUUGGCCUGCCGUCGAAUUGGCUUUUUAGUCGCCCGCACAUCCCCUCACCCGGU